AUGAUUAACAACCGUUUUUCUAAUGGAAACUAUCAAUCAAGUGAAGGUAGUAAUUCAGACCACUUAAUUCAUUGGUGCCAUGGUGCUCCUGGGAUGGCUCUUACACUCACCAAAGCAGCCACAGUUUUUGGAAGUGAUGAGUUUUUAAAGGCAGCAAUUGAUGCGGGAGAGGUGGUAUGGAAACGUGGUUUGCUUAAAAAAGUUGGAAUCUGUCAUGGAAUCAGUGGCAAUGCGUAUGUUUUUCUUUCACUUUAUCGCUUAACAGGCGACAUCAAGUUCUUAUACAGAGCCAAAGCUUUUGCCACCUUCCUCUAUCAUAAAAGUCAAACCCUUAUAACUCAAGGGUCAAUGCAUGGAGGUGAUCGACCCUUUUCACUAUUCGAAGGCAUCGGAGGUACAGCUUAUCUUUUUCUAGACAUGGUAGAUCCAUCCAUGGCUAGGUUCCCUGCCUAUGAGAUCUAGAUGUCUUUUUCUCCAUUAAGUCAUGUAUGUGUAAAUGUAAAGUAGCCGAAUGACUGAAUAAAGUGAUGUAUACAUUACAAGUUGGGUGGU